AUGAGGGCGGUUGGACUUGUCAGAGACGGCGAAGACUCUACAGACGAAGGGGAGUCUCAAUCGCCGGGGCGAGUGGGGGAGAGGGGGCGCCGUGGCGGCGGUGGUGGGUGGAGGCUACCCACGCGAGUUGUGGAGGAGAUGCGCAGGGAGUUCGACCGGAAGAUGGACCAAGAGAGCGCCGAGGAGAAUAAGGCGUUGCUGGAAGCACGGGCCAGGCUUGCGGAGCGGGAAGGUGCCAGGACAAAGCGGGAGUUGCAAGACCUGAGUGAACGACUCACCAACGACGGGCGCGACGCUCUGGCUUCCUUUCGGCGAGAUCUAGAAGCGGAGGAAGAGAAACGUCUGGCGGAAGAGAGAGGAAACCUCAAGGAGGCAUUGGCACGUGCGCUGCAGCAGGAACGGGAGCGGUUGGUGACCGAGAGAAAGCUGAAGGUGUUCGACGCUCGGGACGCCAGUGGGCGAGAAUCGUCGCAGGUGGCGGCGAACCUGUGGGAACAGGCGGAACGUUCCACAUCCGCCAGGAGGGAAGAGGUGGUCCGCCUCCUGGAUGAGGCCGCUGACAGGGCUAGGGUCAAACUUGAUGAGCUACUGGCGGAGCAAGAAGAGCAAGGGUUGCGAGCGAUCAGGGACAGGAGUUCAGCGGAGAGGAAGGCGGCGUUGAAACGAAUUAGAGAAGAGGGGGAACGUCGCUGCCUGAAGGAGCUCAAGGCUCUUGCCGACAGCGCAAGCCAGAAGAACGAGGCCUGGCUGCGAAUGGUCUUCGGCGGCCUGGGAAAGCAGUUCGAGCGUGGUGAUGAGAGUACCAGGGCAGGAGCAACAGCAGCGGCAGCAGAAAACGGAAUGAGAGGAUUAGGAGGAGGAGGAGGAGGAGGAGGAGGGCUCGACGAGGAUGGGGGUUCCGUAUCUCCGGCGCUCCGCCUCAGUUGAAGCUUCCAACGACUGCGAGAGGCUAGGCAGGCGACUCGUCGAAUUGGUCAUCCAAGAAGCGUCAAUGAGGCUAAGAGAGAGCGACUUCGAUGUCACCACGCAAGAGCACAAUGCACGAGAAUCUGGUACCACGGCCUCCGCCACCGCUAGCAUCGGCAACAGCAGCAUGAGCAAGAGCGACGUAGACAAGACCAUCACCGAGUCCCAGGAUCUAGCGCAUCGCGGCCGAAACCAACAUCGCGCUGGCAACAGCAGUUGUAGCGGCGACGCCCCCCGCGAAAAGCGUUGUCAAGGUUGCGAGAGACUGGCUCACGCUAACGUUGAGCUUACACGGCUUUUGUUGCAAACAUCCACCAUGAGAGCACGGGAGGAGGUACGUUGUGCUGAUACCCCCAUCACGACAAACACCCCGUCACCACCACCAACAACAGCAGCUGAUGCCCGGGGGCAGGGAGCGGCGAGAACAGCGAGGGCAGCAACGACUAGAAACAAGCACCGAGCUGCUUUAGCUGCCGGGGGGGUGGUCAACAGAAAGAAGCGAGCGCCUUCUUCGGCAAGAAGUACCAAAGUAGUGUCAGUCGUGUCACCGACACAUCGUCCAAAAUUCUCCGGUCGACUCACCAACACGACCUUGUAGCCAGCCCUGUACCCUUAUCGUGCACCUCAGCGCUACAGCCUUUACCCCGCGAGAUAUGUCGAAAAGGAAACCUAGGAGGUCAGGACCCACGGGUGCAAUUUCGGCACAACAUAUGCAAGGAUCUGUCGUGUUGCCCACAACGUUGACACGGGGCCGUAUGUAGUCCGGCCAAAGUGAAACCCGGGGGGGGGGGGGNGGGGGGGGGGGGGGGGGGGGGGGGGGGGGGGGGGGGGGGGGGUCCCGCAACUGUUUUCAUCCAAAAGAAUGGGAACGGCACAACGGCACCGAGCUGUGCGUUUCAGGAAUUUAUUGUACAAGUAGUUAGCAGAGAACAAGACAUGGAGUCACAUGGCAAUAUUACGGGUCAGCACAGCUUCUUGAUGGAGAGUUGCACGAUGACGGGUGGUUCGGCCAGAAAACGUCAGACAAAGUAGCUCGCUGGCACAGCGAAAGGUUAGUACUCGGAAAACCAAACCUAGAGCAACGAGAGAGAGCACGAACUAUUUCCCGUUUGCGGAGAUGUACACAUGACGUGUGAUUACGGAGGCAAGAUAGGAGAGGU